GAGAGAGAGAGAGAGAGAAAGAGACAGAUCAAAAAAAAAUUCAUCUGGUCGACAUCAAUACAUUCGAUAAAUUUCGACGUAAGACAAUUUAUUUAACGUUGGAUGAAGAAUUUUAAUUGAUAUUCGGUUGAAUUAGUAAUAAUUCACAAUGGGAAGGAAUAUAAUCCGUUCGUUGCUUCUUCUUGCUAUAAUAUUACCGUGCAUCAUUGUUGCUAACGUUGAUCAACGUUUCGUCGUUAAAAGAAACGCCGCCGACAACGACCCGUCUGCCAAUCUCGAUUAUCCCGAUUAUCCUGCAAAAUACGACGAGUAUCCGGUUGUGGUGCCAAAAAGAGCAGCUCUUUUGUUCGAUCAAUUGAUGAUAGCCUUGCAAAAGGUUGUUGAUAAUCAAGGAAGAGCAGAGAUAGGAAGCGGCAAGGCUUUAACAAGAUCAGCUCCACCGAUUCAAGUUGCCAAUUCACAGAUGGUACCUUCGGCUGACGAACAAACGAUGGAUCUUCAACGACGUGGACAGGCUAAGGGUCGCGUUUAUUGGCGAUGCUACUUCAAUGCCGUGACAUGCUUCAAGAAGAAGUGAUAAAAGUAUCCUGAAUCAGGCCACUAUUUUCAAUCGAUUUAUCAAUUGCUAAACUAAGUUCUCUUAUCUAAAUUAUUCCUAUGCUUCAACUGAUGAAAAAUUGCUCCGUUUUAAGAAGUCGAAGAAUUCAAUUUCUUCCCAAUUCAAUUUUGUGUCCAC